AUGUCUGUCCGGGGAUACUUUGUCGCUUUCUACAAAUGCACAGUUCUUCUCUCUCUGAGGAUUUUGCUUCUUGUGCCUGCAGGGUUGCCAGUCCGCAGCCAAGGGGAUUCUCAAUCCGACAACAAAGUGAUGGACAAUAUCACCGUCCGACAAGGAGAGACGGUCUUUCUCAGGUGUGCACAGGGGGACAUUGUCACACACACAGCAUGGCUUAACCGGUCAAGUAUACUGUAUGCUGGAGAAGACAAAUGGUCGGUGGAUCCCAGGGUGAGUCUGGUGACCCUUAAUCAAGAGGAGUUUACCAUCAAGAUUGAAAACGUGGACAUGACAGAUGAGGGGCAGUAUGUGUGCGCGGUCCAGACGAGCAGUCGACCAAGAACCACUUCGGUGCACAUCCUCGUCCAAGUACCACCAAAAAUCAUCAACCUGUCAAGAGACAUUGUGGUAAACGAAGGCUCCAACGUCACCCUGAUGUGCCAAGCCAGCGGUAAACCAGAUCCUUCCAUCAGCUGGAAACUCAUCUCCUCUUCAGGGGACCUGGCAUCAGACGAUGAGUACCUGGAAAUCCCAUCUAUCUCCAGACAGAGAGCGGGGACAUAUGAAUGCACAGCUGUCAACGAUAUUGACACAGAUGUUCAGACUGUGGACAUCACCGUCAACUAUGCUCCAACUGUGUCAGAGGGCAGAGAUGUUGGAGUGACUCUGGGCCAAAGAGGAGUGCUGGAGUGUGAGGCUGAUGCGGUGCCUGAGGCAGAUUUUGAGUGGUAUAAAGAUGACAGAAGGAUCUUCAAUGGCUUUGACGGCAUGGAGAUUGUGAAUACUGGAUCACUGUCCAAGCUGACUUUUUUUAAUGUGUCCGACGGAGAUUACGGCAACUACACCUGUGUUGCCAUCAACAAACUCGGGAGCUCAAACACAAGCUUCCUUCUUUAUGUUCAGGAUGGUAGCGGCGGCGCAAUGGGAGUCCACUCACACACCUGUCUCCUCUUCAUAGUGCUUCUGCCGCUCCUGCUCAGAUUUUGAAGAGGAAUGGAUAUGAUCGUAAUUAUUUUGUGUAUGAGUGUGUGUAUGUGUGUGCGUGUGUGUGGGUGUGUGUGGGUGUGUGUUUUA